AUGGAUCUAAACGAAAGUAACCAGAAUGAUCAAAGUAUUCAAUACAAUUAUGAAAGCAAUUAUGAAAGUGAUCAAAGAUCUAUAAAUUUUGGGCAAAAAAGUUCUGUUAAAGAACAUGCAUCUUCAGAUCAACAUAUAGAUGCAAUAAAACUUGAUACUGCUAAAAAAUUAAAAGACUAA